UGCCCCAUCAUUGGUGUCAGUGGGAGGAAUAGUGCCCCAUCAUUGGUGUCAGUGGGAGGAAUAGUGCCCCAUCAUUGGUGUCAGUGGGAAGAAUCGUGCCCCAUCAUUAGUGUCAGUGGGAGAAAUAGUGCCCCAUCAUUGGUGUCAGUGGGAAGAAACGUGCCCCAUCAUUGGUGUCAGUGGGAAGAAACGUUCCCCAUCAUUGGUGUCAGUGGGAGGAAUAGUGCCCCAUCAUUGGUGUCAGUGGGAGGAAUAGUGCCCCAUCAUUGGUGUCAUAGGAAGAAUAGUGCCCCAUCAUUGGUGUCAGUGGGAAGAAUAGUGCCCCAUCUUUGGUGUCAGUGGGAAGAAUAGUGCCCCAUCUUUGGUGUCAGUGGGAGGAAUAG